AGGAUUGAAAAAAGAAAAAGAAAAAGAAAAAGAGAAAUGCAGAAGCGGGCCAGGCCCAAGCCAUUGGCGUUGAGUUGAGAGUUCACAGUACACGCUGAACUGAGCUGAGUGAGUUUGAAGGGACACGCGGGAUCAGAUCCUCUGGACCGUAGUCUAUGCUUGCUCUCGAAUCAAAAUUUUCAACGGAAGGCACAGAAAGUAGAGAUAGAUGGAUUUGCUUCCACCGGAGAGCUCGCUAUUGGUCAAGAAACAUGGCUUCAGGUCGCUGAAGCUGGUGACCGUUGAUAUGGACCAAGUUCUUGGAGACCAACCUUAUGGAGUUCACUAUGGCAGACUUGAUAAUGGCCUCUCUUAUUAUGUUCGUUCUAAUUCUAAGCCCAGAAUGAGAGCUGCUCUCGCUCUCGCUGUGAAAGUCGGAUCAGUUUUGGAAGAGGACGAUGAGCGUGGAGUUGCGCACAUAGUUGAGCACCUUGCUUUCAGCGCCACUGAGAAAUACACAAAUCAUGAUAUUGUCAAGUUUCUUGAAAGUAUUGGUGCAGAAUUUGGUGCCUGCCAGAAUGCAGUAACAUCUGCCGAUGACACUGUUUAUGAGCUGUUUGUUCCGGUUGACAAGCCUGACCUAUUAUCACAGGCCAUUUCAAUUUUAGCAGAAUUCAGCACAGAGGUUCGUGUCUCUAAAGAUGAUUUGCAAAAGGAAAGGGGUGCUGUAAUGGAAGAAUACAGAGGGAGCAGAAAUGCCACUGGAAGGAUGCAGGAUGCAAAUUGGAUUUUGAUGAUGGAAGGUUCAAAGUACGCUGAACGGUUACCAAUUGGAUUAGAGAAGGUGAUUCGGAAUGUGUCAGCUGAGACUGUGAAGCAGUUUUAUAAGAAGUGGUACCAUUUGAGCAAUAUGGCAGUGAUAGCAGUUGGCGAUUUUUCUGAUACACAGAGUGUAGUUGAGUUGAUAAAAACUCAUUUUGGACAUAAAGUUUCAGCACCCGAGCCCCCACUUAUACCUACAUUUGCUGUACCAUCUCAUGAAGAGCCACGUUUUUCAUGCUUUGUUGAAUCUGAAGCUGCUGGGUCUGCAGUAAUGAUUAGCUAUAAGUUGCAAGUGGGUGAGCUGAAGACAGUGAGGGACUAUAGAGAUUUACUCGCAGAGUCCAUGUUUCUCCAUGCUCUGAACCAGAGAUUUUUUAAAAUCUCUCGUAGAAAGGAUCCACCUCAUUUCUCAUGUUCAGCUGCUGCAGAAAUUCUGGUUGAUCCAUUAAAGGCUUAUAUAAUGACAUCAUCUUGCAAAAAACGAGGGACCAUUGAAGCCCUGAAAUCAAUGCUGAUUGAGGUUGCCAGGGUACGGAUACAUGGAUUUUCAGAACGAGAGGUGUCUAUAGUUCGAUCUCAGCUUAUGUCAGAGAUUGAAUCUGCGUAUUUGGAACGUGAUCAAAUGCAAUCAUCAAGCUUGCGGGAUGAAUAUUUACAACAUUUUCUCCGAAAUGAACCUGUAAUCGGGAUUGAGUAUGAAGCUCAACUCCAAAAGACUCUUUUGCCACAUAUUUUGGCAUCAGAUCUAUCCAAGUACGCAGAGAAGCUUCAAACAUCAUGUAGCUGUGUAAUUAAGACAAUUGAGCCACGAGCUUCUGCAGUAGUAGAUGAUCUUAAAAAUGUUGUAUUAAAGAUUAAUGCUCUUGAGAAAGAAGGAAGCAUUGUACCAUGGGACGAAGAACAAAUUCCUGAAGAAAUUGUUAAUACAAAACCAAAUCCAGGGGAUAUUGUGCAGCAGUGUGAAUAUCCAAACAUUGGAGCUACAGAAUUAAUUCUAUCAAAUGGCAUGCGUGUUUGCUACAAGUGUACAGAUUUUCUUGAUGACCAGGUUAUGUUUACUGGGUUCUCAUAUGGGGGCCUAUCUGAACUCCCCGAAACCAAUUACUUUUCCUGCUCAAUGGGGUCAACCAUUGCUGGAGAAAUUGGUGUAUAUGGUUAUAGACCAUCAAUGCUUAUGGAUAUGCUUGCUGGUAAGAGAGCUGAAGUUGGUAACAAGAUUGGAGCAUAUAUGAGAACAUUUUCUGGUGACUGUUCUCCCUCAGACCUGGAGACUGCAUUGCAGCUUGUCUACCAGCUAUUUACAACAAAUGUCGCACCGGGAGAGGAAGAUGUGAAAAUAGUGAUGCAGAUGGCAGAAGAAGCAGUUCAUGCUCAAGAGAGGGAUCCCUACACCGCAUUUUCAAAUCGCGUGAAGGAGCUCAACUACGGAAACUCCUACUUCUUUAGGCCUGUCAAAAUAAGAGAUCUUCGAAAAGUUGAUCCCUUGAGAGCUUGUGAAUAUUUCAACAACUGUUUCAAAGAUCCCUCAACUUUUACUGUUGCAAUUGUUGGGAAUAUCGAUCCCUCUACGGCUCUUCCUCUAAUAUUGCAGUAUUUGGGGGGAAUACCUAAGCCUCCUGAACCUGUUCUCCAUUUUAAUCGUGAUGAUCUCAAAGGCUUGCCAUUCACUUUUCCUAGAACCAUAAUUAGGGAGUCAGUCUAUAGCCCUAUGGUAGAAGCACAGUGCUUGGUUCAGAUAUGCUUUCCUGUUGAACUAAAGAAUGGGACUAUGGUAGAAGAGAUCCACUUCGUUGGGUUCUUAAGCAGACUUCUUGAAACAAAAAUAACGCAAGUUCUACGAUUUAAGCACGGACAGAUCUAUGCCGCAGGUGUUUCAGUAUUCCUUGGUGGCAAUAAGCCUUCAAGAACUGGUGACGUUCGUGGUGAUAUCAGCAUAAAUUUUUCUUGUGAUCCAGAAAUCUCCUCGAAUCUGGUUGAUCUUGCUUUGGAUGAAAUAUUACGUCUCCAAGAGGAAGGACCUUCCGAUCAGGAUGUUUCAACUGUUCUUGAAAUUGAGCAAAGAGCCCAUGAAAAUGGACUUCAGGAAAACUACUACUGGCUAGAUAGGAUUUUACGCAGCUACCAAUCAAGGGUCUAUUCUGGUGAUCUUGGCUCUACUUUUGAGAUUCAAGAUGAAGGCCGUUCCAAAGUUAGAAAAGCUCUGACACCAUCAACAGCACAGUUAGCAUUACAAAGAAUUCUGCCUUUUCCAUGCAAGAAGCAGUACACAGCCGUGAUUUUAAUGCCCCAGAAAUCUCGUCUCAGACAAAUAACAUCGUUUUUCCAAUCUCAGCAGGCCACUUAUGGAAGAGAUGCUAAGAUAUUAGCGGGUCUUGCUGGUCUUACACUUUUGGCAUUUAGCUUGUGGAGAUACGCACGAACACAGAAAUCUUAGCACCGUUUCUUUGUGGAGUUCCAUCUACUUUUGAAAGUAUGAAGUUUAACAGCACAGAUUAGGAAGGGAAAAAAUGUAGAAGAGAAGAAAAUCAUUGCCGUUGGAGUACUAUUAUUUUUACAUUGACUUUGUAUGAUUCUCAAAUUAUGAUGGAUUUUCACCAUUUGUUGAAUCGUAUUAUUUGGAAACAAACAAUUAUGGUGGAACUUCUGAUUUUCUCAA